GAGAACCCGCGCGUUACGUUAUAAAUCACAGAUUAUCAACGAUUAAACUUAAUCGAGUGUGUAGAUUUAUAUCAUUAUAAAACCUCUUUUGUGGUAUCGUCAUUAUUUUUUAAAUUUGAUCUCCGAACAGCUAUAUUACGUUAUUCUCAGUUUCAAAUUUUAAAUUUCGAACUACAAAUUGGGUUACUAUAGACGCAGUGAUAUAAUUUGAUCGAGUUCUAAAAUAGGCGCGGGUGACUGACAGGAGUGAACAGUGAACUAAGUCUAGUGAUUCUAAAUUUAAACUGCAUACCGUACGAAGAUUUAGAACGGCCAAUGGAUUGCACGUUCUAUAUUUAAUCCGUGCAGCUGCCAUUUUGAACUUAGUGCGUAGGGCACACUUUCGUUUUUCUCUAUUCAAAGGAGACAUCGGACAGCGCAGACUUCCUAGCGACCCGUCCGCACACGGCCGCAGUGCUACCCGGCAAGCCAGCAGCCAACCCGCUACAGUUCGUGCGCGUGGGCCCAGCUGACCUCGGCUCGAAGGCGCGCGAGCAGCUGCGCAGAGCUGAGCUAGCGAAGCGGACGGAGCCGGCGCGGAUCGAGCGGCAGGAGGACUGGCAGUCGAACCUAGACAAUUGGAAGUCGUCCCGUCGGAAGCGUGUGGAGCACAUCAUAGAACGCUGCGUGGAGGUGAAACGGCUGGGAGACGAGACCAACCAGCCACGCGGCAAGUCGAAGACCUUCAACGAGAUGCUGGAGGAAAGAGCUGGGCGUAGACGGCGGAAUCCGCUAGCCUUAUACACUGAGGACGAUGCCCACGAUCUGAGUGACCUCGGGAUCGGUACAUCCAGCACGAAGAGCAGCCUCAGUGAAGACUGUGAUACUCACAGCUUAGCUAGUGACGGUAUGGACCUUGAUAAGAACCAUUCGGAUAUGGACAAUAUGUCUAAUUAUGACAGCAACCGAAAAAUGGGAUCCAGUGCCAACGAAUACGAUACAUGCACAACCACGACCAUAAGCUCCCCCGAGCCAGAAGAAUACACUUACGAAGGUGCAAUAGAAGGAUACAAGUCUAGAAUCAUUUCGACCACUAAUAGCAACAUUGUUAAAACCGUUGUUAAUAACAGCAAGGAAAAGUCACCAGACAAAUCGAACGGUGAUAUACAUAAAAUAAGAACAUCUGUGAGUAACAAAAUAGAAGAGAAACUAUCCUCCUUCCAACAGGAGAGAGCGAAUGAUUUAAAAAAUAACAACCCAAAGAAAGACUUGCCUAAAGUAGACAUACAUAAACGAAGAGAACAGUUCGAACGCGAGAAUUCGCAAGAAUCACAAAUCAACAAAUCAAAAUUACCUGAAAUUGCCAACAAAAAAUCGAUCAAAGAAAGACUGUAUAGCUUAGAAAAAUUCACCGAAGAAAGUCAAGUGCAAAAGUCUAUAAGCGAUCUUACAAAAUUACCGACAGAAGUGAAGCCAUUAAAAGAGCGCUUAUCUUGUUUGGAAAAAGUUAAGACAACUGAGCCUGAGAAAGUUAAAAGACUUUCUAACGGAGAUCUGAGUAAUACGAAAUCCCUAAAGGAACGUCUUUCCAGUCUCAAAUCACAAACGUCAGAAGAAGAAGUGAAAGUAACAAAAACUGGCGUCAAAGAGGUGUCUAUGAGUCUUAAAGAACGUCUUUCAUGUCUUGAUGCAGCAAAAAACAAAGAAAUACCCAGAAUAUCCGUUGAAGAAGAAAUAAACAAUACUUUGGAUGCAUCUAAUGUAACCGAAGACAAUAUUAAAAAUAAGGUCACGGAUAGUUCACUUAAAACAAAUCUGUCUGGAUUAGAAAGUCAAAUGCAAAGCUUUUGUCGGUCUUUAGAUAGUUUAGACAUAAACGAUCAAGCUUCCCCGAGUUCAUUUGAAAGGGUCCAGAGUUUGGAAGAUUUCGAUUGUGCUGAGAUGCAAAAUAACACUAUUCCAAGUGACAUUGAAACAGAAGACAGCGGUAUACAUACAGCUCGAGACUCUUGUGCGCCCGCAGAUGACAUAGCUGAUCUUACUCAAGUAGCUUCUCCCAUUGGAGAACCUAUGGUUGAAGUUUCCGAAUACGAAUCCUCGAAUGAAGAUGGUCUAACAUUGGAACCAAAAGUUGAGGAGUCCGCGGAAAAUGCUACAGAAUUUGAGUGUAACAAAGAUUUGUUUAUCGAAGAAGUUUGCGAUCAAGAUAAUAAGACUGAAGAUACUGACAGCGCUAGCAACUACACACAGGCGAUGUCACAUCCCGAAGAACUGAGCGUAACCGAAGAUGUGACUGAGAUACAAGUAGACAAGGAAGAUGAAGACACGCUAAAAAGCUUAGAUAAUCAAGAUUCCAGUGUAAGUCUCAAUGAGCCAGUCUCAAAUGCGUCAGAUGGUGAUGCGGUGGUGUUUGAGGGCAAAAUGACUAUACAUCUAAACUUGAAUGAAAUAUGCAACAACUUAAACUCUGGUGCUGGGACCAACUCUAGCGAGUCUAAUGCAAACGACACUAACAGCAACAAUUCUACUAACAAAAGCAUGCCAAUGGUCAUUGACGCUUUAGAACUGGCGUUCAAAGAGCUCGAUUCGGAAGAAAGUGUGGAAAUUACGAUGAACGACGAUGGCAAAUUAGAUGAGAGUAAAACGGAGUCUGCUGACAAGGAUGAAUUCGAUUUCAAUAACAAAGUGUCGGUGACGCCUCUGUAUGAGAAUAUUGAUAUAUUCGGACAGAACAACGUAGUGGACGCGGGAGCGUUUCCGCUAGAUUUGCCGACGAAUGUUUUAGAGCCGCCCAAGGAAAAACCACCACCGCCACCGGCAGAAGACAAUCCCGAAGAUGAGUUGCUGGGAAAUGGUAAUUUCAAGCACACAAACUCAGCGCGCCGCAUCAAGAAAGAGAUACGCAACAAGCGCACCAGUUUCCUCGGCAUCGAAGGGCAGGACGACAGCUAUCUAGACGUCGACUUGACACUAGCUCCUCGACCUGACAUCACUUCCUUCUUGCAAGAGGAAACGAAGAUCGAAAAGCUGUUAUACAAGAAAACCUUGUCCCAUGAUAUGGAUGCGAAGUUGAGAGAUAGCAGGGACUCUGGGGUCGAUAUCGAUAGAGGACCAUCUGCUGAAGCGUGGUACAAGGGAUCUUCCCCGGAGACCUCUGCUCCACACAGCCGACAGAACAGUGAGCCAUACAUCCAAAUAACGGUAACAUCAGACGAAGAAGAAACAUCGAGAAAUAAAGAUCAAACAUUCGCUAAAGACCUAACGAACAAACUCACUGAUUUGCCAAAUGCCCAAGACCCCAAAAUAGAUCAUUUGGACAAAAAAUUACAGCAGCAACAGACUGCUCGCAUUAACGACGAUUGGCCAGACGGGCAUUUUGACGAUGCUCACACAAAGGAAGUACUGCGUUUCGAAAGAGAACUCCUCCAGCUCGAGCAAGAAGAACUAAGGAGGCAAAAGGAGAAUUUAUUGAGAGACCAGCAUCGGAUCAUCCAGAAGUCCAUUCAAGACAUUUCAAUAGCCAGUACACCAGAAAAGGUCCAAAGAUCGAAGGGGAUCCAGAAUUACAGGCAUUCUAUGCCUAAUUUGCUGUUAGCAGAGCAUAGUCCAUUACAUAAGCCUCCACCACCUUUGCUAGAAAAGCCAAUCAUAGAUGAAAGCCUUAAGCGUAAGCCGUUUGUGUCUGAAGAACACAUUCAGAGUCAUUUUGGGGUUGAGGAAAGUAGGAAAGUAUUGUACGACGAUAAAAAGUAUGAGAGGCGUCCUGUACCGACCGUCGUGAGACCGGCUCAACCUGUGCUGCCUCCGAAACCAAAAAGCCGGGAGUCCAUAGAGAGGGAAAUUACUAUGAGGAGCAGCAGAACACCAUCCGCAGUGGAGUAUGCUAACAUCGACCGGAAUGGAGUGCAGUUGAGACAAAAGCCUAGUAAUAAUGCCAAUGGACAAUACCAUCCGAUGACCAGACAUACAUUACAGGCAUUGAGCGCAGCACCAACUCCGAAAUUGAUCUCAAACAGCGAGUGGCUGCAGACCCGCAACGCUCCGAGACAGAAACCGGCCAACUACAACUAUAACCAACACUGGCUUGUACAGGAAGCAGAACACCGUAGGAUCGAGGAACAAAAGAACAAAAUGCGCGCGCGACACUCGUACCACGAGCCGGCUUUGCCCGCCUCGCCGCUGCAUACACCUUUCAAUAAUAGCCCUCACCCCGUCCAAGAGCGACGCGUUCGUCCCGAAGCGAGAGGGAGCGAGAGGAGCGACACGCGGGAGGAGAAGCUGCUCAGCGUGAGCGGCCGGAGGAAGUGCUCGCAUUGCGGGGAGGAACUAGGUCGCGGCGCCGCCAUGAUAAUCGAGUCGCUGUCCCUGUGCUACCACGUGUGGUGCUUCACGUGCGCGGUGUGCGGCGGCGCGCUGGGCGACGGCCGCGCCGGCGCCGACGUGCGCGUGCGCGACCGCCGCCUGCACUGCCGCCACUGCUACUGCACCGCCGACGGCGACCAGUGCUCCAGGGUGUAGCCCCCUACCCGGGAUACACUGCACUCUGCCCUGUCUAAUGUGCUCCACGAUUUUGAACUCUAGCAUGAAGAUAUGGGGUGCAGAUUCGUGGUAUUAGCGCACAGGCUCGUACAGUGCGCUUUUUGUUGCAGGAGUUAGACACGAGUGAUUAUUAUGAACAGGCCGAGGAUAAGAUUAAACCAAUUUUGAACUCUAGCUCCACGGGGCAAUGUGCACUUUGACAUGACAUGGACUUAAAAAUAGGAUCAUACGUGUUCUACCCAUCUAAAUAGAGUAACCCUUUGAAGUUUGAAACACAAUUUUACAUGAUACACGGUUAGAGCUCUAAAGCCAAGGGUUAGAGUGCAUUUUGAACUGGAAUAGUGAAAAGCAGUGAUAAAUGUCCGAUUGUGAUUUGGACUAUCUAGUGACGGACAAAGUGUUGUGUAAUCUUAUACCGACAUGUGCUGGUCACGAUCUUGAAAAAUUCUUAAAUUUUAUAAUUAUAUCAAUCUUAACAUGUAUUAAGACAAAUUUCGUAAACGAUUAAUUGUUCAUUUAUUGUCUUAGUCAAUUAAGUAAGAACUUAUCUCAAUUUUGUUAUUUGAUUUGCUGAUCCCGUUAACUGCAGAACCAAACAAUAAUCACGAUUAAAAUAAUUGUAUCAAUUAAAUUUGUUAUCAUAGUAUUACAUAUUAUUUUUCUAAUAUAAAUACCAUAGAAACAACAUAUUUCUCUUUCAUACCUUUAGCCACAUUUAUUUCUUUUUGACGCCAUUACGAAUUCUUGUGAUAUCCAUAUAAAGAAAGGGUUUCAGUACCUAAAUAAACAUGACUUCUUAAUAAUUAUUAUGUAUUUAGAUUGUAUUCGUAUACCACAGCACCCGCUCUGUACGCAAGUAACGCCGCGUGACAAAGCUAUCCCAAUCACAAAACGUCUUUGAGCUCAGCCAGUCUGAGUUCAUAUUUGCACGCUUUUGUUUAUCCUUCGUUUUUUGCUUUCAGCGCCAUCUAUCGGUGAAACUUAUCUGACUAAGAAAUAAGUUUCAUCGAUACAACAUUUUAUGAUUUUUUCCCUUUUAUUUAUAAAACUGUUUUUAAGCUAACGUUUUUGUGUAAUCACGUAUAUUUGAGUGAUCAAUACUAACAGUUAUAAUAUAUCAAAAUACUUCGUUAGAUUAAUUUCGUAUCUUUAAUUAUGAUGGCUGAACUAUAUAUCUUGUUUCUAGGCCAUCUGUAUGCCCAUUACUAAUUAAUAAAAUAAUAUAUUCACAUCCAUCUAUAUGUAUUUUGUGCCAUGCCAUAAUAUGUCUUCAUUUAACCCUGAUAACAAUAAGAACAUAUAUUUUUGUAAUUCGUUUUAGAUAAUAUAUUUUUUAACUCGGGGGAGUUUGUAUAAUGUUGUAAAUAGAGUUAUUUAUGUCACAGCGUGUUAAUGUCUAGCUUUAAUAGGUAGUAUUUUAGUUUAAAAUAAAGGAACAUUUAUCCAAAAAUGUGUAUUGUUUGUUUUUAUGUAAUAUAUUAAUUAAUAUUAGGUUAUUUUGUAUUUUUGCAUCACUCUAACAUCAUGAUACGGUUUUCGACUUAAUGUGACUUUCAUUUCAGUGGUAUUUCACUUCUCUUGUAAUUAUUAUUAUGUACAUUGUCUAAGCGAGUAAGAAACCUGUAUAUCAAUAAAUGUUUCAAAUUAA